ACAGAGGGAAAAUAAAAAGAAUUCUAGGGAGGAAGGGAGAGCAAGAGUGAGAAAGAGGGUGGGAGGGAGAGAGAAGAAGUGUGAGGGCAGAAACAAUAAGUUCUCCCCCCCUGACCUUGUACAAUGCUUGCUCCCUCUUCCCUUUAAACCUUUCGUCUCGGCCAAGGAAGGGGCAUCACUACAAACAGUUGCUUGUUAAGGCCGGGUUUGCAAGGUGUGUGUGUGUGCGUGGAUAGGAAACGAAGAGGAGACCCGAAGCACAAGAGGCAGUGCUUGAUUUAAUAAUAAUAACAACAACAAUAACAGCACCACCACUCACAACUCUCAUCAUCAUCAUCAACAUAGAAAGUAAUACAGUGACAGCUCCUUCGCAUAGAGAAAAAAAUAACUGUGUGUAUAUAUAUACACAUAUAUAUAUAUACAUAUAUAUAUAUACAUACACAAACGCACACUCAUAUAAUAAUAAUAUAUACAUACAUCUGUAUGUGUGUGGUUUACUAAGCUAGCUAUCUUCGUUUUAUUUUCGCCCUUACAGCUUGGCUCCACCACAUUUUCUGGGAUUUACAGCUAGGUGAAAGAUACCUCCCCAUGUCACCUAUACACAGGUUCCUGAACUCUUAAUAUGAGGGUUGGACGUACUGCAGCACGUGCUACUCAAAUGUGGACAUUACUGUCAUGGUACUGGAUAUUUCAGGAAUCAAGAUCCUCAAGAACAAGUCUGUAAGCUGGCAACUUUGCAGCUGAAGGCAGAUCCAUGCUGAAAAGAAUUUGAGUCCAUUCUGUUAUGAACAGAAGCAUCUGUACAUCAAUGAAUCCAAUCAAGAUGAUACUGAACUACAAAUACCAUAGACACCUUGAACCGGCAACUUUUGGCCAUGUGAUAAAACUAAAAGUAUAGAUGCUGCCUCUGCACACCCUCGGACACUUUGAAAAACUGGCAUCAAAUUAUUGCUCUGCUCUAUAACACAGAAUUACACAGCUAAACCUGCUGGUGGAGUUGCUGGUGGUCUUGCUAAAGCUUGCACAACACCAGUGUGUAUUUUUGUUGUUUUGUUCUUUGACUUUCAGUUGAAGUUUUUAUUUAUUUAUUAAUAUUAUUUUUACAUUUAAAAAAAAAAAACCAACCCUUUUUUGUCAUAAUUGUUUAUUUUUUUUUGGAAAAGUGUUUAGAAAAUGCAGCCUAGUCCAGCUGCACCAAAGAAGCGCAAACGGGUGCACUCGUGUUCGAUAUGCGGUGGGUCAUAUAGCACACCAUCGCAGCUGCAGCGUCACUCGAGAGUGCAUAGCGGAGAAAGACCUUAUGUAUGUAACCUGUGCGGCCGUCGCUUUACACGCUCAGAUCAUGUAAAGCAACAUCUCAAGAUACACUCGCCACAUCGGCAGAAGAACAUGUGCCGCAUUUGCGGGUCACAGUUCUACAAGUCACAGAUACUCGGCAGUCACUUACGACGCCACGACGUCUACCAGAUCCACUUGUGCCACCAGUGCGGCGAAGGUUUCCAGGAAGCCGAGGAACUUGAGAAACACGAACGGCUCCAUAACAUCAAGACGGACAUAAGAUCGAGUGGCGAGGGAGCUGACGGAGUACCAAGUACCAGUACUGAGACGAGUACGACUGACGGUGAAGGGAAAUGGCUUGGUUGUGCUCGUUUCUGUCUCGCUCAGAUACCGUCGAUUGGCAACAAGAUCGUGCAGCCAUCUGAUAGGAAAACUGACACCAGCAACAAUGCUGUUGGUGGUGACCAGGACAGCAACAACAACAGCAACAAUGCCACAGCUGAUAUCCAUGAUAACAACAACAGCGCCACUGUCAUCAUGGCUGCCAAUCUCCAAGACCAGUCGUUCGACGCCGAUCUCUCGACUUCCAAGCCCAGCUCGAAUGAGGAUAAUGAACCGCUGCAAAUAGCCGUAUCUCCUGGCUACUCUCUCGUAGGCCCCGCAGCAGACGUCGGAGACGAGAGCACCAUAACUGCCAGCGAUGCCCUGCCCAGCAGCUCCAAUGCUGCCUUCUACAUGGUGACAGGGAAGUCUGGUAGCAACAGCACUGACACCGAGGGUGCGCAGUCAAAAUCUGCAACAGUAGAUGGCAAUUCCAACAGAAGUGCCCUGCGCAAGGCCAGCAGGCCACUGAAGGCUGUUAUAAAACGUGAGCCAAUUGUCAGCAGUGGCACAAAAACUGCACCAAGGUGUACAAUAAGCCUUUUGGCUAGCAACAAAAGCAGUGUGACACGUGCGGAAGUGUGCACCCGUCGCAUGAUCUCAUCAAACAAGAUGACAGCCAUCUCAAACUCAGUUGUGCUGACUGCAGUCAACAGCCAUAACAACAACAACAACAGCAACAACAACACCAACAACAACAACAACACCAACAACAACAGUAACAGCAACAACAACAACAACAGCAACAACAACAGCAACAACAACAGCAACAAUCCCUCAUCAUUGACUUUACCUCCAUACUUAUUGAAUGGCAAGAGACUGGGACGCUGUGAAUACUGCGGAAUCUGGUUUGAGGACUAUGCUAUGUGCAUGUUGCACAACAGCCUGCAUUCCGCAGACGAUGCUGAUCCAUUCACUUGCAGAAAAUGCCUGAAGAAACUCGGCAACCGGCUGGAGUUUAUGGCACAUCUGGUCUGGCAUUUAGACCCUGAGUUACCAUAGAGACAAAGCAGGCAGGCAAACAAGCAAGUUACUUUUGUGGAGAGAAACACUUACAGCAUCCGUUGGUGUAGAGAUGAGAAAAGAUACAACAAUUCAAAGAAAAAAAAAAUAAUCAAAGAAAUAAAAAAAAAAAAAUAUACAGAAAUUUAAAAAAAAAAAAAAUCAAAGAAGGAAACACACAUUCACACAUACACCAAGUAAUAACAUCGACUAAUUAAGAAAACAGCAGGAAAAUUAAAUAAAAAGAGGAAUUCCAAUAAUGGUGGUGGGGGUUGUUUUUAAUCCCUCCCCCCUCCCCCCAGCUGAGACAAAAAUAUUUGAAGCAAAAAAAAAAACUGAAUGAAGACAAUCAAAUCAGCUGUCUGUGUAGUAAGGAUGAAUGAAAGCUGCUCUUUUUUGGUGCAGAAUUGCAAAGUGCAGCAAUAUCUGUCAUAGCAGCAGUGAUUUGCCACAGUUCUGACAAGCUCUCUUGUUCUGUGCAUAUUUUGUUACAACAUGUCUGCAUGCAUGCUCACGGGCGUCCACAUACACACACACACACUCACUGCUCUUCACAGACCAGCUCCAUUUCAUCUAAACACACACACACACACACAAGCAUUCAUACCGCAAAGUUAUAUUUAAAUGCAUAUAUUAAAAAAAAUACAUACAUAUAUGUGUACACACACACACACACAUGCAUAUGUACAUGUGCAUGUACACAUGCAUACACACACACGCUAUAUUAUACUGGUUAAUUGUUAAUUGAUGUUACAGCCUUGUUAAACUAAUGAGGUUUAGCCAGCUUCAGAUGAAAUAGAUUAGGUCAGCAAGAUGCUGGAGAAGGUCUGAGAGGAGCGGUAGGAGGACUGGGAGUAGGGCAGGGGGGAUAAUCACACUGCCACCGCCACCACCAACAACAUCAUGUCAUGAUGAUGGUGGUGGUGGCAGUGGUAACGGCACUGGUGGUGAUGGUGGUGGUAUGACAGUGGUAAUGUAUAAUACCAGUCAAAUAUUAGGGUCUGUACUGUUGACGACAUAUCUCCUUGGGUCUACGAAUCAAGGUGAGCAAUGCUUAUUAUUAAUAUUAUUUUUGGAAAUAGGGCAUUGAUGUUUGUGGAGUGAGGAGAUGCUGGUUGUAACAGAUGGCAACUCCCUUGGUCACUAAAAGAAAAAUCAUCUAAAUACCAGUGAUACACCACUUCACACUGGGGUUGAUGGGGGGAGCAUGGUAUUGGUUUUCUUCUUUCCUUAUCUGACAAUUACAUCAUCAUCAUCAUCAUCAUCAUCUUUCUUAUCUUCAGUGGUGCAUUUCCUUCUCCAUCCUUUCAUUUGUACACCUUAACACACACACACACACACCUAUAAGUGUGUGCUCUUGUAUCUAUGAGAAAUUAUUAUUAUUAUUAUUAUUAUUGUUGUUGUUGUUGUUGUUAAGGGCAGUAGAAUGCUUCAUUGAAUCUAGUAAUUCACUGUUCUGGGUUAGAAACCUUUGAUGCAAUUGCUAAAUAAAGGGCAAGUGAUAGACGGGGGUUACAUCUGCUUGUGCACACCCACUGUUCUUUAGAAACAAUGGCUCCUGUGUUCGUUUUUUGUUUUAGAUGUCAAACCACUGGAAAAGGGGUCCUCGUUCAAUGGGGGUCCAUUCCCCAGACAGUUUUUAUUGCUUAUAGGGCAUCCAUCACUGAGAGAAGUCCAACGGUCCGUGUCUUCAUUGUGGUGCUGUGGACUGUUAUGAAGUCAAAACAUUUCAUUUGUCAGUGAAUGAAUCCACCACAUCAUCCAUAGACUCAUUCAUUAGCUGAGUUCAAGUUGUUGUGUGCACCUAGUGACAAACCCCAUCGUAGACGAAUUGGAGGUAAAACUUCACCCACAAGAGAUCAUGAGAUUAGCCCAUCUCUUUGUCAUUCCCCACACCUUCAAUGGUAUUAAGCCUUUUGCAAGCAAGUUGAAAAUGUGUGUGUGUAAAAAUAUAUGACCCUAUCGACAUAACUUAUACACCCUGAUAUUUAUUUCUAAGUCAUUGCCAUUCUUGUUAAAAGUAUGGACUGUUUUUCAUCCCUGAUUCUAUGAGACCACCCCUUCCUACAUCCCUACAUGCAGAACCCUCUACUUGGCGACUCAAUCCUAUCAUAUCGUAUGUGGAUGAUGGAAUUGCGAGCCUGGAAAUAGCAUGGUUAAAGCUGGAGUAUCUUUGAUGUGGUCCAACAUGGAGUUAAGCAACAAUUACCACUAAUUACUAAUUAAGUAAGAAUGUGGACCUAUUGUCAGUCAAGCAGACUGGUAUUAAGCUUAUCACAAAGCUUCAUAACUACUGCAUAAUGACUACAGUAGCUAAAUAUUGAACUCAGAAUAUUUCUUGCCAUUUCAUUAUGGAAUGGGAGGGGGGAACUGGCCUGUCAGUUCCCCAUGCCAAGACAUGUUCUCUGGCAAGGGGUCAAGGGACAAGGACUGCAAGAAAAGCAUAGUUUGGCUCCCCAUAAAUUAGACGAAUAGUAUUGCUGUUCCAUCUUACAGGCUAUUGGUACCUUCAGUGGCAUAUAUAAUGUGUGUGUGUGUGUGUAUGUGUGAAAAUACCAGUAAAGGAUGCCAGACUCUGUCCUUGCUGCCAAGGAAUAUAUUGCAUUCUGCCGCUUCAGACAUAGGUCCAAGCUCCCUGUUGCUGUCUUUGAGAGGUUUUCUUUCCUUGCAGCGGAAAUUUUUACCAACAUUGGGUUCUUCACCAUAUUUAGUCUCGUUUAUAUGGCAAUCCAUCCCACAAUUUUCUGAAUAUAUUUGUUUUGGGGCUUGUUAUUGUUGUUGUUGUUUUUUGUUUAGUUAAUACACAAGGAAGGUUGAAUGUAGGUGGCUGGUGGUGUGUGUGUCAUUGUAUAAUCCACCCUUCUAAUUAUGCUGUGAAAUCUUUGGGCAGGUAAAACAGCUGAGUAAAUAGGCCCAGGUAGCAUCAUCAUUCGACCUACCACAUGUAUUGAAUGACCCCUCUUUAGGGUAGCUUGCCACAUUUAUUCUUUCUGAUUUAAGCACAAGGCUUGCAAUUUUUAAAGGAAAGGGGUCAGUCAAUUAUGCUCACCCCCAGUAUUCAGCCGGUAUUUUAUUUUAUCCAAUCAGAGUUCAAUUCUGCAGGAUUUUAACUCAGAACAAAAGAAUCAGAAGAAAUACUACAAAACAUAUUUCCACCACUCCAGCGCUUCUACCAGCUUGCAGCCUUAAUAAUGAUAAUAAUAACACUAAUAAUAAUAAUAAUAAUGAUAAUGAUAAUAAUGAUAAUCCUUUCUAAUAUAGGGCACAAGAUCUGAAAUAAUUUUGUGGCAGAGAAUUGAUUAGAUGAAGCCAAUUACUCGGCUAGGACUUCAUUUCAUUGACCCCCAAAAGGAUGAAAGGCAAAGUUGACCAUGGCGGAAUUUGAACUCUGAACUUGAAGAAUGGACAGAAUGCCACUAAGCAUUUUGCCUGGUGUGCUAAUGUUUCUGCCAACUCACUGCCUUAAUGAUGAUGAUGGUGAUGGUGAUGAUGAUGAUGAUGAUAGUAAUCACUACUUUAAUUACCCUGAGGCUACAAAUGAAAACAUUACAAAAGCAUAAUAUAUUUGGUGGCCGUAAUGAAAUAUUGCUGAAGAUGUGUGUUUGUGUGUGUGUGUGUGUGUGUUGUAAGAUAAGAGUUGUAAAGUAUGUAGUGGUUCAAUCCUCUUCUGAUGCAGAACUUAAUGUGUUGAGAGUGGAAUCGGAUGUGUUUAUUACAUCAUCAUCAUCAUCAUCAUCAUCAUUUAACCUCCACGUUCCAGACUGGCAUAAGAUGGACAGUUGAAGAGGGUCCAAGCCAGAGAACUGCAUCAAGCUCCAGUGUCUGCUUUGGCAUGGUUUCUUCUGGCAUGGAUGCCCUUCCUAAUGCCGGCCUCUUUACAGAGCAUAAUGAAUGCUUUAGUCAUGGCACCAGCACUGACGAGGUCAGCGAGUAACUCACAAGACGAGACCCCUAAACUGAGCAGGGAGUAAUAGGGAGAGAGCUGGCUUUAUGCUAGAUAACAAGCAGGAUAGAGGGACAAAAAACAGGGGUCUUGCUGUGAAGGUGGUACAUGGCUAUGCCAGUGGUUAAAAGAGAUAAAGAUGGUGGGAACAGGGUGUCAGGAUGCAUCCUAAAGUUACAUGAAAGGGAAGGAGAGAAUAAGGAUGGGGGAUUGGGAGGGGAAAGUUUGAAAUAGUGUGAAAGGAGAGUGACAAACGGACAGAGAUGGAGAGAGAGGUGAAUGGUGGACAGCAGUGGAUGCAUGGUCAGUGUGGCAGAGGAAGUGCUAAGUGGCAGUGAAUAAUGUAGAUAGAUGAGAAAUAGGGAGAUGGUGUCAAGUGUGUAGUAAAGAGAGAGAGAGAGAGAGGGAUGCACAGGGACAGAGAUGGAGGUCAGAAGUAUGUAGGGAUGGAUAUUGUAAUGAACAAAGCUGGUGGUAGUGGUGGGUGUCAUUGGAAGAUAAUAGAGGGUGUUAAGGAUGAGGUAUGGCAGUUCUAGAAUGAAGCUGAGGGGGAAAAGAAAGGAAAUUUAGUGGAAAAUAAAUUUGGAAGGAAGGCAGAGGGAAAUGAUAUUGAAAAUGAGGGAAGGGUAAAUAGAGGAAGUGGUUCCAGAGAGAGGGGCAACUGGAAGCAUUAAAAGGGAGAUGAAAUAUAUACAGUUCUGCUCUCAUAUAAUUACAACAGCUGAGUAAAUAGGGCUGUGAUGGGAUGGUUGUUAGCAAGAAGAUUAAUUGUGGAGAAGGCUUGACACUAGCUGGGUGCAGGGGCCUAGGCAUAAACUAUUUGAUUUUAGGACCUCAGUUUCUGUCCUCUACCCUCCCACCUCUUCCACAUUUAAUUGUAUUCAAGACUCUCUCUCUCUCUCUCUCUCUCUCUCUCUCU